AUGCCUCUGCUCUUCUCUCACUGCUUGCCUGUAUCUUCUCAUUCUUACCCUUAUCCCUUCCUCAAUACAACUCAGAUUAUGCAUUAUCUCAUGCCCUCAUGCCUGCUCUUCUCUCACUGCUUGCCUGUAUCUUCUCAUUCUUACCCUUAUCCCUUCCAAUACAACUCAGAUUAUCCAUUAUCUCAUGCCUCUGCUCUUUUCUCACUGAUUGCCUGUAUCUUCUCAUUCUUACCCUUAUCCCUUCCAAUACAACUCAGAUUAUCCAUUAUCUCAUGCCUCUGCUCUUCUCUCACUGCUUGCCUGUAUCUUCUCAUUCUUACCCUUAUCCCUUCCAAUACAAAUAAGAUUAUCCAUUAUCUCAUGCCACUGCUCUUCUCUCACUGCUUGCCUGUAUCUUCUCAUUCUUACCCUUAUCCCUUCCAAUACAACUCAGAUCAUCCAUUAUCUCAUGCCUCUGCUCUUCUCUCACUGCUUGCCUGUAUCUUCUCAUUCUUAUCCUUAUCCAUUAUCUUCCAAUACAACUCAGAUCAUCCAUUAUCUCAUGCCUCUGCUCUUCUCUCACUGCUUGCCUGUAUCUUCUCAUUCUUAUCCAUGCCUUAUCCCUGUCCAUUCUUAUAUCCCUUCCAACAACCAGAUUAUCCAUUAUCUCAUGCCUCUGCUCUUCUCUCACUGCUUGCCUCUAUCUUCUCAUACUUACCCUUAUCCCUUCCAAUACAACUCAGAUCAUCCAUUAUCUCAUGCCUCUGCUCUUCUCUCACUGCUUGCCUGUAUCUUCUCAUUCUUACCCUUAUCCCUUCCAAUACAACUCAGAUUAUCCAUUAUCUCAUGCCUCUGCUUAUCUUCUCUCUCAUUCACUGCUUGCCUGUAUCUUCUCAUUCUUACCCUUAUCCCUUCCAAUACAAUUCAGAUUAUCCAUUAUCUCAUGCCUCUGCUCUUCUCUCACUGCUUACCUGUAUCUUCUCAUUCUUACCCUUAUCCCUUCCAAUACAACUCAGAUUAUCCAUUAUCUCAUGCCUCUGCUCUUCUCUCACUGCUUGCCUGUAUCUUCUCAUUCUUACCCUUAUCCCUCCCAAUACAAUUCAGAUUAUCCAUUAUCUCAUGCCUCUGCUCUUCUCUCACUGCUUGCCUGUAUCUUCUCAUUCUUACCCUUAUCCCUUCCAAUAUAACUAA